CCAAAAGAAAAAAAGAAAACAAAAGGAAAGCACAAAUGGCGCUUCGUCUCUUUACUUUCAGUUUCCAAGUACAUCCUCCCAGUCGUUCUAGUCCCUCUCUCUUUUCCUACUCUACGAAGUCUAAACCCUCACUUGCCUAAACCAAAAAACCCCCCAAAACGCACCGUUUUUUAAUCUCGACGAAGAAGAAAAAUGAAGCGAGUGUUCGAGGAAAUCUCCGACGACGAGUGGGAGAACCACAGCCACUCCUUCAAGCCCUCUCGCGUCCUCAACACCACCACGAACCCCACCCCUCCGGCGAUCGAAUCCUUCGCUUACGGCUCGUCCAAGCAAAACCCGAAGGAGGACAUAGUGUUUGAUUUGGAGGACGACGAUGAGGAUGUGGUCGAGGCCGCCAGACCUUCCGUGGCGAACCGUGGCCGUCGGUUCGUGGUGGAGGAUGAGGAGAGCGACGGCGACGACGGCGAUAAGGACGCGGAUAUCGCGCAAGUGUACAACGUGAAGUCAAGCGAUGAAGAAGGAAAUGUUGAAGCGGAAGCGGAAGAGGAAGAGGAGGAAGAGGAGGAGGAGGAGGAUGUGGUGGCAAAGGCUUUGCAGAAGUGUGCGAGGAUAUCGGCCGAGUUGAAGAGAAACCUGUACGGCUCCUCUGUCACCGCCUGCGACCGCUACGCCGAAGUCGAGUCCUCUUCAGUCAGGAUUGUCACUCAGGAUGAUGUGGAUGCGGCAUGUAAGUCACAGGAUUCGGAUUUUCAACCGGUUCUCAAGCCAUAUCAACUGGUUGGUGUCAAUUUUCUUCUUCUGUUGUAUCAGAAGGAUAUUGGGGGAGCCAUAUUGGCGGAUGAGAUGGGCCUUGGGAAGACUAUCCAGGCUAUUACAUAUCUGACUUUGCUGAAACACUUGAACAAUGAUCCUGGUCCACAUUUAAUCGUAUGUCCUGCUUCUGUUUUGGAAAACUGGGAAAGAGAACUUAAGAAGUGGUGUCCAUCGUUUUCUAUUCUCCAGUAUCAUGGGGCUGCGCGAUCAGCACAUUCAAAGCAGUUGAACUCUUUGGCCAAAGCUGGAAAGCCGCCUCCUUUUAAUGUUCUUCUUGUGUGUUAUUCACUUUUUGAAAGACACAGUGCACAGCAGAAAGAUGAUCGUAAAAUUCUGAAACGUUGGCAAUGGAGCUGUGUGCUGAUGGAUGAGGCCCAUGCCUUGAAGGAUAAAAGCAGUUAUAGGUGGAAAAAUCUAAUGUCUGUAGCAAAGAAUGCAAACCAGCGUCUUAUGCUGACAGGAACACCACUUCAAAAUGAUCUACAUGAGCUGUGGUCGUUAUUGGAAUUUAUGAUGCCUGAUCUUUUUGCUACUGAGGAUGUCGACUUGAAAAAGCUUUUAAACGCAGAUGAUAUGGAUUUGGUUGGUCGUAUGAAGUCUAUUUUGGGACCGUUUAUUUUGAGACGUUUGAAAUCUGAUGUGAUGCAGCAACUUGUUCCAAAGAUUCAACGGGUUGAGUAUGUUGUAAUGGAAAAGCAGCAGGACGAUGCUUAUAAGGAAGCUAUUGAGGAGUAUCGUGCAGCUUCACGAGCUCGUAUCGCAAAAAAUUCAGAGAUAAACUCAAAUAAUAUUUUUGGAGUUCUUCCUCGGCGUCAAAUCUCCAACUAUUUUGUUCAGUUUCGUAAGAUUGCAAAUCAUCCUUUAUUGGUUAGGCGUAUUUAUAGAGAUGAAGAUGUUGUUCGUUUUGCUAAAAAGUUACAUCCAAUGGGUGUGUUUGGUUUUGAUUGUACCUUGGACAGGGUAAUUGAGGAACUUAAGAGUUAUAAUGACUUCUCCGUUCACCGGCUUUUGCUUUAUUAUGGUGUCACUGAUACAAAGGGAAUCCUUCCUGACAAAUAUGUUAUGCUUUCAGCAAAAUGUCGGGCGUUAGGUGAACUUCUCCCUUCACUAAAGCAAGGUGGUCAUCGAGUUCUUAUUUUUAGCCAGUGGACGUCAAUGCUUGAUAUUUUGGAGUGGGGUUUGGAUGUGAUUGGGGUUACGUAUAAACGACUUGAUGGAAGUACUCAGGUGACAGAGCGACAAACAAUAGUUGAUACGUUUAAUAAUGAUACUUCUAUAUUUGCAUGCUUGCUGUCCACAAGAGCUGGAGGGCAGGGUUUGAACCUGACUGGAGCUGAUACAGUCAUCAUUCAUGACAUGGAUUUCAAUCCACAGAUUGAUCGGCAAGCUGAAGAUCGUUGUCAUCGCAUUGGCCAAACAAAGCCUGUUACCAUAUACAGGCUGGUUACCAAGGGUACUGUUGAUGAGAAUGUUUAUGAGAUUGCAAAACGGAAGCUAGUACUGGAUGCAGCUGUCCUUGAGUCUGGUAUAGAGGUGGAUAAUGAAGGUGAAACAUCUGAGAAGACUAUGGGGGAGAUAUUAUCGGCUCUUUUGUUGGGUUAGGACACUAAUUAUCCUUGAGAUACACUGCAACUAGAAAUUCUUGUUCUGAUUCUUUUGCAUAUUCUUCGUAUAAGGUCUAUUGUUGUACUAUAAGUCAGGCUAGUUAGAGGAAAAAGGCCAUAAUUGAUGGUGCAUAUGCCAUAGGGAUGUAAAUUAGCCAAACAGUUAAUGUAGCAGUGAAAAUCAAUGUUAAUAUAGAUAUUUUGAGUCGCUUUGGAAGACA